UAACCUGCCACAAGCCUUCUUUUUACCCACCCCUGAGGCCUAGCUGUCAUAACCAUUACCACCCCAUCUCAAGACGGGCAAAGGGUAAAAGUAAAGUCCAGCCACGCUAACACUACGCAUCAUCUUAUAUCCAUUACCGCCAGUCCAAGGCCCGACUGACAACGCACGGCUGGCUACCCGCAGAGUGGGUGGGGUGGGAAGCUCUACUCUGCGUAGACCAACCAGAUGACGACGAUGAGUGUUUUUCCGUUUUCGUGUAAUUAAUACCUGUGGCUGGUGGGAGUCGAAGGCUUGUGCACAGCGAGGCGUUGAGGUAGUUUAACGGGUUGGCGGACGGGACGUCUGGACUCUGGAGGAGAAGAUCGAGCGAACUAAUUAGUUAUUUAAUCUGCAGUUAGCCUCACGUUGUGUUCCUCCGGAUUAUUAUCACUGGCUGGCCUUGAUAUUUUUUCUUGUUCGUGUCUUGUCUUGUCUUCACAACACCUCUCUUUUCCCAUCGUCCUUAUUUUGUUUUAUUUCUUUUUAUUUUAAAUUCACUUUAGAGCUUUUGUUAUCCGCAAUUCAGAUUCGGAUACCCCUUUCUAGCGUUCACGGGGCAGAUUUAUCGUGAAUUCCAACUAGUUGGCGUGGUGAUGCGAUUCUCCCAGCUGCUGUGCUGCGGUGGACCCGACGACGAUGGCCAGAAGGACGCCUCUCCUCCCCCAGCAUACCGUAGCAUCGAGGGAAAUCCAGCUGCGACACAGUCCCUCCCCAAUCUGCAGCCCAGGAAAAUAGCCUUUUACAUUUCGCCGUCGAGUGGGCUGGCGAAUGAUCGUGAUGGCGACGGGGUGGUCGAGAAGGCGGAACCUGUCGACACCAAGGGCAAGGGAAGGCUAUUACGCGACGACAGCGAUCGCGACGCUCAGGAACAUAAAAGGGACCAAGAUGUAUCUCGUCUGCGGCAGGGUGCGGCGCAGAGCGUCUCCGACAACACCUUCCUGAUGCCCAAUGGCCGGGAAGUAACUCUGAACACCAACGACGAUUUUGUCCAGGCGACGCUGGCAGCUGCACAGACGAGUGACCAGGCACUCGACCAAUGGCUCGCGUUGGGCUAUGGAAUUGAGAUCAAAGACUCGAGGAAACGAUCGGCUGCCACCUGGGCAGUGCUUCAGAAUCACUCUGGAGCUAUCCGUCGCUUCAUCGACCGGGGUGCGAAUGUCAACCUGGGCAUCUCCAACACAUGUACUGAGCUACACCGCGCCGUGUCGGAGGGGAAUGAGAAGCUGGUUGUCACGCUCCUGAAGCACAAGGCGGAUGUCAAUGCCAUAGACAACGAGGGGAAUACUCCUCUACACUGCGCGCUGAACCACUGGUUGAAGACGGAUGAGAGCGAGGAUUUCUCUAUCUUCAAGCUUCUGGUGGAGAAAGGUGCCGCUGACCUGGAAGCUCAUAACCGGUAUGGAAACACGGUAUUGCAUGAAGCAUGCAUCUACGGCGACGGAAUGCCCCUGAGAUACAUGCCCGGUUCCAGUGCGCCCCCGCCAGCAAUCACCUCCCGGCGCCUCGUGCUGGCUAAGACACUCCUCGACCUGGGCAUACCCAUGGACACGCGCGACAAAUGGGGGUCCACCCCGCUGCUGCGCUGCUGCACGAUGCAAACGCCCGAUCGCGAUGUGAUUGCCCUCCUGCUUGACAGGGGCGCGGAUGUAAACGCGCCCAAUAACCACGGUGACACGGCGCUGGACACCGUCUGUUUCCAGCGGGAUACGGAGCUGCUGAAACAGAUCGCGGCGCGUGUUAUCAAUAUCAAUAUCACUGCCAACGACAAACGUAAUGACGAUCACGAUAAUGCUAACGACGAUAAUGAUACAUAUGACGAUAACCAACCAGACCCGGCAACUGCAGCCCUCUUCAAUAAACCAACCGUCCUCUCCACCCCGCUCCACUACGCCGCCCAACACAGCGGACCAGACCGUCUGCUCUUCCUCCUGUCCCAUGGCGCAAACCCAAGCACACCCACCUAUGCCACCGGCGCCACCCCGCUCCACCUCCUCGCUUCCUCAAAACCGAUCACGGCAGACAGGCCCACCUCCCCCUCCCCGUCCUUCAACACCCCUCCAACCCCACCAACCAAGACCGUCAUUACUACCACCACCCGGCCCCACCAAACCGACCACAUAACCCAAAACAUCCACCUCCUAACCACCUACGGCGCCGACAUCAACGCCCACGACCUCACCGGCGCCACACCGCUACAUUACGCCGCACGCAACGUCGAGUCGCGCUACCAGGAGCGCAUCGUCACGGCGCUGCUGGCGGCGGGUGCGGAGCCGAACUGUAAGGAUUCCAAGGGCCGGACUCCCCUGGGUGAUCUGGAAGGGUUUUGGGUGCUUAAGGGGGCGGUGGUGAAGAGGCUAGUGGAGGCUGGGGCGGAGAAGGUGCCCGGGAUGGAGGGGUUGGGUGGGUUUGAGUAUAUGGAUCGUGAUGGGGUGGAGGGGUGAGUGGUUAUGAUGGGUGUCGUUGAGGAGCGAUGAUUGUUUGAUUUCUUUCUUAUUUUCCGUAUUAUUUCUUUAUUCUCUUAUAUCUUCUUUAUUCUUUGUUAAUAUGCUUUCUUCUACAGGGCCUCUUCUACCUUACACUUUUUUCCCCAGCUUUCUAACCCCCAGCUCCCCAACCCCCUCCUCUCCUCUCCCUCUCCGUAUUUUUCUCUUCCCUAUCUCCCCUUUUUUCUGUUUUCUGUUCUUACUUCCUCUCUCUUAUUUUUUUUAUUUAUUUUUUUUUUCCCCCUUUCAUCCAUUUACUGCAAUUUGCUUCUGCGAUUUCAAUCCCUGAUAUGGGCGGAUGAACGGAUGGGCCUUAAAAGAAAUUUACGUUUACUUCAAACCUAGGAACGAAAAGGAAAAUGUGUUUUAUGAAAUGAGUUAUGUGAUGUAUCUAUAAAUAUGAAUAUAUAAUAUAGUAUAUAUAUAUACAUAUAUUGCUGACAUACAUAUA